AUGGUCUUCCCCAAACCCCUGGCCAUCACUUUGUCCUUAUCGGGCCUCAUCCUGCUUGCAUUGCACCUGUCCACUUCCCACAAUGUGUCUGAUGCCCCCAGCAGUGAGCAGCAGCUGUGCACCUUGAGGGAACACCCGAUCAUCGCCUUUGAAGAUCUGAAGCCAUGGGUCUCUAACUUCACCUACCCUGGAGUUCAAGAUUUCUCCCAGCUUGCUCUAGACCCCUCCAGGAACCAGCUCAUCGUGGGAGCCAGGAACUAUCUCUUCAGACUCAGCCUUAUCAACGUCUCUCUCCUUCAGGCUACGGAGUGGAGCUCCAAUGAGGAAACACGCAAGUCCUGCCAAAGCAAAGGGAAGACUGAAGAGGAGUGUCAGAACUAUGUUCGGGUGUUGAUUGUGUCCGGCAGGAAGGUUUUCACGUGUGGCACCAAUGCUUUCUCUCCGGUGUGUUCCAGCAGACAGGCAGGGAACCUCAGCCGGACCAUUGAAAAGAUCAAUGGUGUGGCCCGAUGCCCCUAUGAUCCUCGACACAACUCCACAGCAGUGAUCUCAGAGCAGGGGGAACUGUAUGCUGCCACCGUCAUCGACUUCUCCGGCCGAGACCCUGCCAUCUACCGAAGCCUGGGCAGCGGCCCACCUCUUCGCACUGCUCAAUAUAACUCCAAGUGGCUCAAUGAGCCGAACUUUGUUGCUGCUUACGACAUUGGUCUGUUUGCCUACUUCUUCCUGCGAGAGAACGCUGUGGAGCACGACUGUGGGCGCACCGUCUAUUCACGUGUGGCUCGUGUGUGCAAGAAUGAUGUGGGGGGGCGCUUCCUGCUGGAGGACACGUGGACUACCUUCAUGAAGGCCCGGUUGAACUGCUCCCGCCCAGGGGAGAUUCCUUUCUACUACAACGAACUCCAGAGCGCAUUCCAUCUCCCUGAGCAGGACCUAGUCUACGGUGUCUUCACCACCAAUGUAAAUAGCAUCGCUGCUUCUGCUGUCUGCGCCUUCAACCUCAGUGCCAUCUCCCAGGCCUUCAAUGGCCCCUUCCGCUACCAGGAGAAUCCAAGGGCUGCCUGGCUCCCCAUUGCCAACCCUAUCCCCAAUUUUCAGUGUGGGACCUUGCGAGAUGUUGGUCCCAAUGAGAACCUGACAGAGAGGAGUCUUCAGGACGCCCAGCGUCUGUUCCUGAUGAGUGAGGUGGUUCAGCCCGUGACCCCGGACCCCUGUGUCACACAGGACAGUGUCCGCUUCUCUCACCUGGUGGUGGAUCUCGUGCAGGGCAAGGACACCCUCUACCAUGUGCUUUACAUUGGCACCGAGUCAGGCACAGUCCUCAAGGCGCUGUCCACGACCAGCCGCAGCCUCCACGGCUGCUACCUGGAGGAACUUCAGGUGCUACCUCCAGGGCGUCGGGAGCCUCUGCGUAGCCUGCGCAUCCUUCACAGUGCCCGAGCGCUCUUUGUGGGGCUGAGUGAUGGGGUGUUGAGGAUCCCGCUGGAGAGGUGCACCGCCUACCGCACCCAGGGGGAGUGCCUGGGGGCUCGGGACCCGUACUGCGGCUGGGACAGGAAGCAGCAACGUUGCAGCACGCUGGAGGACAGUGCCAACAUGAGCCUCUGGACUCAGAAUAUCACAGCUUGUCCGGUGAGGAACCUGACGUGGGACGGGGGCUUUGGGCCAUGGUCUCCGUGGCAACCCUGUGAGCAUGUGGACGGAGAUAACUCGGGCUCCUGCCAGUGCCGAGCCCGAGCCUGUGACUCCCCCCGUCCCCGCUGUGGGGGACGAGCCUGCCCUGGACCUACCAUCCACGUUGCCAACUGCUCCAGAAAUGGGGCAUGGACCCCAUGGUCAUCUUGGGCUUUGUGCAGCACCUCUUGUGGAAUUGGCUUCCAGGUCCGACAGCGGAGCUGCAGCAACCCUGUCCCCCGGCACGGGGGCCGAAUCUGUGUGGGCAAAAGCCGGGAGGAGCGGUUCUGCAAUGAGAAUAACCCCUGCCCUGUCCCCAUUUUCUGGGCUACCUGGGGCUCCUGGAGCAAAUGCAGCAGCAACUGUGGGGGUGGAGUCCAUUCUAGGCACCGAACCUGUGAAAAUGGGAAUUCCUGCCCAGGCUGUAGUGUGGAGUACAAGACAUGUAACCCUGAUGGCUGCCCAGAGGUACGAAGGAACACCCCAUGGACGCCGUGGCUCCCAGUGAAUGUGACCCAGGGAGGGGCCCGCCAAGAGCAGCGAUUCCGUUUCACGUGCCGGGCCCCGCUCCCUGACCCUCACGGCCUUCAGUUUGGGAGGAAGAGGACGGAGACCCGCUCUUGCCCUGCAGACGGCUCUGGAGCCUGCGACACUGAUGCCCUAGUGGAGGAUCUCCUUCGGAGUGGAAAUAAUGCCCCCCAUGUGGUGAGUGGGGGCUGGGCAGCCUGGGGACCUUGGUCAUCCUGUUCUCGAGACUGUGAAUUAGGUUUCCGGAAUCGGAAGAGAACCUGCACAAACCCAGAGCCCCGAAACGGGGGCCUGCCCUGUGUGGGAGAUGUCACCGAGUAUCAAGACUGCAACCCCCAGCCCUGCCCAGUGCGAGGUGCUUGGUCAUGCUGGACCCCAUGGUCCUCGUGCUCAGCCUCCUGUGGGGGAGGCCACUAUCAGCGAACACGUUCAUGCACCAGUCCUGCCCCUUCCCCUGGUGAAGAUAUCUGCAUUGGGUUGCACACGGAAGAAGCACUUUGUGCCACCCAGUCCUGCCCAGGUGGCUGGUCAUUGUGGACUGAGUGGAGCGUGUGUGGUGAGGAUGGAACCCAGAGCCGGAGCCGUCACUGCGAGGAACUUGACCCUGAGACUGCCCCCUGCCUUGGCAAUGGCAGCCAGAUCCGGACCUGCCCAUACAGUGAGAUCCCUGUGAUCCUGCCUGCUUCCAGCAUCGAUGAUGCCACCAGCUGUGGAGGUUUCAGCCUUAUCCAUUUGGUGGCUACUGGUGUUUCCUGCUUCUUGGGCUCGGGCCUCCUGACAUUUGCUGUCUACCUGUCCUGCCAACGCUGCCAACGGCAGACCCAGGAGUCUACGCUUGUCCACCCCACCACCCCCAACCACCUUAACUACAAGAGUGGGGGUGGUGGCACCCCCAAGAAUGAGAAAUACACACCCAUGGAGUUCAAGACCCUGAACAAAAACAACUUAAUCCCCGAUGACAGGGCCAACUUCUACCCGCUGCAGCAGACCAACGUGUACACAACGACCUACUACCCCAGCUCCCUGGGCAAGCAUAGCUUCCGACCGGAGGCCUCCCCAGGACAACGACGCUUCACCAAUAGCUGA